AUGACAGCCAGCCUUGAAGCCCAGAGGGGCUUCAAUAGUGUAGCCGAUGGCCAAAUUGGAAUUGUCACGGAAGAUGCGACUGUAAUUAGCAUUACAAAUUUUGAAACCGCGCCUUCUGAGGCUACUAAAGAGAAGGUUGGAACAACGAAAUUAUCUGAAGACGACUCUGAGGAUGCCGUGCCCGCUUCCACAAGAUCGGAUAAAGGAGCUGCAGCUCGUCGCUUGGAAUCGGACGACACCUCCGCAACCGAGGUGCCCAAGCAGACUCUCAUCCCAUGGAAAAGAGGACGGGGGCUGCCAUCCAUCGAGCAGCGCUGCUUCUUCAGAGUGGCCAGUUACGUCUGGUGGGCUCUUGCCGUACUUAUCGUAUUUGAGGUCCUGGCAAUCACGGGCUCCAUCCUCUACGCGCGCUCCGUGAAUCGGGACGCGCGGCGAGCCGCAGCUGACGUGGCGCGAUCCUCCGCCCGCGCCAUCGAAACAGUUCUGGACCAUCUCAUCGCUCCUGUCAUGAGCCUCGCCAACCUCGUGCACCUGCAACCCCAUUGGCCUACGGUCAAUGAGAGCUUCCCCGUGUUCUCGGACGCAAUAUACAAGUCAAACAGGUAUUACCAGAUUGAGCUUUGCCCGUACGGCAUUGUGGGCGCAAUGGCAAUGCCGUGGAUGAACGCUACGGGCAACAUUACUGCGGAGGAGUGGCCACGCAUUCUGAAGACGUUUGACUUCGGUUUGGACAUGUUAGAUCCCAACCGAGGCAGCUUCAAAGACGAAAUCGCGGCCAUUUUGCAAAACGGCUCCAUUGCAUUGUUGGGGCCCUGGUAUGCCGACGGAGAGCUGUCCUCGGGUGCUUUUGUGGUGCGGUACAGCAUCUUCCUGCCGCCUGGCGAUUGGGACAUGCCACCGAAUUCUAUCCAGUACUGUCCCCAGAAAGUCUGCAACACCCCCGACGGGCUGACUUGGUGGGGCUGGUCCAAUGCUGUGUUCGCCUGGAAAACCGUGGCCCCAAGUCUCAAGGUCAUCGAAAAUCGGAACUUGCUGUUCACGCUGUCGCCCGACCCGCGAGCCCCAAACCAGUCCUUUUUGGCAAUGAGUGACAAGCUGCCCGACCCCACGGAGUGCGAGGUCGUACGGGUGGACGUGUACGGAUGGAUGUACUGGACGCUUUGCGUGCAGCCGGAUGGCGGCUUCGGGCCUGCAUGGCGAGAGGGCCUUAUCGUAGGCGUUACGUCGCUGUCUGUCGUACUGGCGGUGCUCGUGGGGCUCGUGCUGCGCAGCCGACACCAAGCAGUCAAAUAUCUCGCCCAGCAGUUGGAAACGAACCGGCUGUUAGCGGUUGCGAAGGAGGAAGCGGAGGGGGGUCGCCGGAAGCUGGAGGCCGAGAAACUCGUUAUGGACGCCUUGCUGCAGCGGCAGCGCAACCUGAUUGAGUUGUUCGGCAAAGAGGAUGAGUUGCUGAGCGCCGUCGGGGAGGGUGAUGAAGCGGUACUUCAGCGCCGUUUGCAACUCGCGGGGGGCGGUUCGCAGAUCUCGAACCUUUCACGUGAGAGUGCCACGGUGGACCGGAUCGAGGCUGUACGACGGCAACUGACGGGAUCGCGGAGGCUGCUGUCCACCAUGUACAUACAUGCACACACGUACACGUACUUCAUCAAGACGGUUCGCGAGGAGGCAAUGUCCGACUCCGAGACUUCUCAAGCCACGGACGGCAUCCUGGUUGGCGCCGGCGACAACUCGACCAUAGGCGGGGAGGCGAGCCCCACUGGCAAGACCUUCGACGAACCUUCUCAGCACAACAAUUCGCCGGCGGUCCACGGUUACGAGGUGCGGCUGGUCCUGGAGUUUUGCGACCGCGGCUGUCUUCGGGAUGCUCUGGACGGCGACGCUUUCCUAACGACCACGGGCGUCAACUACGCGGGCGUGCUGGAUACCGCCGCCGACAUCGCCAAGGCGAUGCUUCACCUCCACCUGGCUGAUGUGCUGCACGGAGAUUUAAAGGCGCGCAACGUUAUGCUCAAGAGCAGCGGCACUGAGGGCCGCGGUGUGGUUUGCAAAGUCGCCGACUUCGGUCUGGCGGUCAAGAUCGAUACAGUGGAGCAGACCCACAUGUCGGGAAUGUACCAGGGUACGCUGACCCACAUGGCACCAGAGUUGUUGCUUCAUGGCCGCAUGUCCAAGGCGGGGGAUGUGUACGCCUUCGGGGUAACGCUUUGGGAGCUGUUCACGGGAGGCAAUCCGUUUCAAGGUAUACCUAGGGCGCUGCUGGGGCACCAGAUUGCACAGGAACACCGCCGCCCGGCCUUCCCUCCCUUCGUGCCUGAGGCUUACGUUCGUCUCGCUGAGGAGUGCUGGGCGGACCGUCCCGAAGACAGGCCAACCUUUGAGGUGAUUUUGGAGAGGCUGGCGGACAUGCGAGGAAUGAUUCGAGACCCCGCGGCCCCGCUGGCGUCGUACAACAUUGGUGGGCCGCCGGCGGCGCCACCGCCGCUGCCCAAGCUCGACACACCUCAGCACGCAGCACACACUUCUAGAUUAACUUACCAUACGAAAAGAAGGAAGGCGCUUUACAAAUCUUUUUCCGUACAUCUAUACCUUUACCGUCGUACUGCAGGCAGCAUGGGCCUCGGCGGCGGCGGCAGCAGCGGCAGCAGUCCGAUCAAUUGGGCAUUUGCGAAGAGCAGUCAUCGGACGCCGGCCACCCACACUCGAGCCACCCUCAGCCGCAUCCGCACGUGCCGGCCCCACCAGCAACGAAUCAUCAAGCUGCUGCUGCUGCUGCCGCUGGUCCUGGUCGUGUUGUUGAACCUAGUGCUGCUGCUGCUGCUGCUGGAGGGGACUUGGCUCAGGAAUCGCCGGACAUGUAUGGCACGCCCUUUGGCUAUGCUGUCGCCAACAUGGCAUCAUCAUCAUCAUCAUCAUCACCAUCGCCAGCCAUGA